CAAAUGAAAAGUCGAGUUAUAUGAAAAGGUCGGAAGUCGUGAAGAAAGAUAACUUUUGACGCCUUUUAAAACUCCAACUCGUCCAUAUUUUUAUAUUUCACCUUCUGAAUGGGGAAAAAGAAUAGAAAACCUGUCUCACAAGCACAGUCUUCAGGAGUUCCAGGUCUUGACAGAGGUACAAAAAAAGAUAUUUUAGAAUUAUGCAACCAACUUCUAGAAAAGUGCACUCGUUCGAAUGGUGCUGGACCCAAAGAUUGGGACGAGUUUAUGGAGAUAUUUAACUUAGUUGAAAAAAUCCGUGAAAAACAAAAACAUUUGGUUAGUGCUAAUCAAAAGACAAGUCGAGAGUGGAGCUCAUUUCUACAAUGGCUUCAAGAAAACAAUGUAGAUACUUCUCGUGUGACAACAGACGAAUUUCCUGUCUACGGGUUUGGGUUGAGAGCAACUCAGGAUCUAAAAGAAGGGGAUCUGUUUUUAUCCGUUCCACGAAAAUUGAUGAUCAGUACAGAGACAGCAAGCCGAUCGCAAAUUGGUUUCCUGAUUGAAGAGGAUAAAUUACUUCAGAGUAUGCCUAAUGUUGUACUUGCUAUUCAUUUGUUGAGUGAAUCCAAGAAUUCGGAUUCAUUUUGGUAUCCAUACAUCAGCUGCUUGCCUAAAAACUACAAUACGACACUAUAUUUUAAUCCUGAAGAACUUAAACUGUUGAAAGGUUCUCCUGUAUUGACAGAAGCAUUUAAUCACUACCAAAGAAUCGCCCGCCAGUAUGCCUAUUUCUACAAACUUUUUCAAAACAACCAUUAUGCACAAAAAUUUCCAUUACGAGAGGGUUUCACUUACGAUGAUUACAGAUGGGCAGUGAGUACAGUAAUGACACGGCAGAAUCAAAUUCCUUCAUCUAAUGGAAAUCAGAUGAUAAAUGCUUUGAUACCUUUUUGGGAUAUGUGCAAUCACUGUAAUGGGCAGUUGUCAACAGAUUUUGAUAUGGUUGAAAAUUGUGGAAAAUGUUUUGCUAUGGUAAAUUUUCAAAAAGGAGAGCAGAUUUUUAUUUUUUAUGGCCCUCGUUCAAAUUCAGAAUUACUAAUACACAAUGGUUUUGUUUAUAUGGAGAAUUUAUUUGAUACCCUUACCAUUAAAUUAGGCAUCAGUAAAAGCGAUCCAUUGUAUGCUCUUAAAAGUGAGGUGUUAGGUCGGCUAUUAAUGUUGCCUUCCAAAAGCUUCCAAUUGAACGCAGGGUCUAAGCCUGUCUCCAGAGAAUUGUUAUCUUUCUUGCGUGUCAUCUGCAUGAAUCAAGAAAAUCUCCAGGAAAGAUUUACCGGAGAAAAUGCUGCCGAUUUGCUGUCUCAGAUGGGCAAUGAAGAAGUUAUAGUUUCUCAAGAAAAUGAAAUGAAAGUGUGGCAGUUCAUUGCCACCAGGGUUCAAUUAUUGCUUAAAACUUACGCUACAUCCCUUGAAACUGAUGAACACUUAGAUAACAACGAAUUGAGUGAAAGGGCAAAACUUUCACUCCAGAUGGUCAUGUGUGAGAAAAGGAUUCUGAGUAGCACUUUGGAUUAUGCUAAAAAUAAACAGCUAAGUUUAUCAACAGCUGAAUAAAUUUUUAAUUGGGAGUGUGGGGAUGAAAAUAUAUUUUUAUCAAAGUCUUACAUUUUUAUGCUUUUGGAAUUUCUUACUAUAGCAGAAUUUUACUGAAUCUUCAACUUUACUGUUUACAUCCAAUUCUCAAUGCUAGCAUUUGUAGGAUCAUUUUUAUAAAUUCAGUCAUUUGCAUAUUGAUGCAACUAGCAUUUCUACAGUUAAGUGGCCCUUCCAAUAAUUCUUCGCAAGCUGAGUUUCGUGUCCAAUGAAGGAGACGAUGUUGGCAUGGGUGCCAGUCGUCGAAUUUAACUCGAUUUCAAUUACACUUGCCUCAACAGGUCUUCGCAAGUGGAGUUUCGUGUCCAAUGAAGGAAGGUACGCAUAAGUGGACUGGCUGAGGCCUUAGAUUUAAGUCUCACGCACAGCAUUUGGCAGAGUUUCUACAGCUAGAUGCCCUUCCUAAUACCAACCACUCAGAGAGUGUAGUGGGUGCUUUUACGUGCCACCAGCACAAAGGCCAGUCAGGCGGUACUGGCAACGGCCACGCUCAGAAUGGUGUAUUUUAUGUUCCACCCACACAAGAGCCAGUCCAGGGGCACUGGCAACGAUCUCACUCAAAAGUCCUUACACAUGCCGUGGGCACAAGUGCCAGAAAGGCGACGCUGGGCACAGGUGCCCACGAUUUCGCUUUUGCUUUCCCCAGUAAGUCUUCGCAAGCUGAGUUUCGUGUUCAAUGAAGGAGACGACGUUGGCAUGGGUGCCAGUCGUAGAAUUUAACUUGAUUUCGAUUUCACUUGCCUCUUCUGACUAUUAUAUUCAGGAUGCACACAUAUCACAACUACCUUCAAAGCUCCUAAAAAUUUACUUUACCAAAAUUGUCAUGCAAAAGGAAGAUUUUUUCCAUUUACCAGUAUGAGCCAGUAUAGUUGUUGCAGUGGUGGGAGUAAAUGUUAUGAUGUGAUUUACAGUUGUUUCAUUUAAUAAUCUCCCUUAUUAUUAAAGACAAGGAAAGGGUUUUAAAUGCAGAAAAGGUUCUGAUGCUAUGCAUGCAAUUAUAAUAACAAAGAAACAAUAUGGAUUUGUCAACAAAAUGAAGGAAAUAUUGGUGCUCUGGAUUAAAGACAGCAUAUAUCCAAGAAGCCUACUAACAAAUCCUAGUAAGGCACUAGGUAUUUUUGAAGCUUUAAAGGAAUGAAUGGGAAAGGAAUACAAAGAAGACUUUCAAGUCAGCAAUGGUUUACAAAAAAAAAAAAUAAUAAUAAAAAAUACAAAGAAGGAAAGACUUUCCAUAAUGUUCAAAUAACAGGAGAAGCUGAUGUUUAUUAAAUCUUUGGAUUAAUUCAUCUAAAUAGAGGGAUUUUAAUAGGACAAAUUUUCAGUAUGAUUGAAACUGGCCUAUAUUGGAAGAGUAUCCCUGAUUGAACAUAUAUACACAAAGAGCAAAAAAAAUCAUGCCUGGAUUUAAGACAUUCUAUUACUAGGAGGGAAUGUAGCUGCAAACUUAAAAACUUUUCCUAAUCUAUCUUUCUGUAAAGUGGUGUGCAUUUAAAAAUAUUAAAAAUAUACUGCCUCUCCACUAUUAAUCAAACAAGUAAGCAUUGAAGACUGGUUUUCAAAAUAUUUUAUUCCAAAUGUAUAAGAAUGCUGCAUUGAAAAAGAAAUCUUAUUCAAGAUUAUAUUAACUUGCAACAAUAUACCUAAACUUCUGCCUCAUCUACCACUUCUGUCCUUCAACAGAUAGAGUCAGGGCUAACAACAGCAUUCAACCCAGAUUUGCCCAAGCUAUUGCAAGAUGGCAAGAUUUGAGAGAGUACUGAAAAGUUAUAACAUUCUUCAUUACACACUAAAUAUUGCAACAGCAUGGGAGAGUGUAAGUUUAAAGAUAUAAAAGUAAAUGGAAACAGUAUCUCAAAUACUGCAUUUGCUGGUUUUGAUGAAGAGCUGGGUGGAAUUAAAUAAAACAUUGUAAAAUUGGCCAAACACUUCAGUUAGAAGUAGAGUUAGACUAUGGAUCCAAAGAGCUGCCCAACAAGGAUUUCAUUGAAUUAGGAGCUGAGAGAAUUAUAAAGAAACAAAGGAAGAGAAAAAGACAAAAUGAGAAAAGGGCUGGUAGACAUGUUUCCCCAUUUUAACAAAGGUCUUGCUCAGUUGUAAAUAAUAAACAAGAAUGUUGAAAUGUUCACCAAGGUUGAAACGAAUAUUAAAGGAGCAGUAUGUUGUCAUCAAGAAAUAUACAAAGAGGAAAAACAAAAGAUUCAAACAAGACUCGGUGCUUUUUUUCAAGAAGGUUACAAGAACCUACCCUUCAACAUCCUCAUUCUCAACCCAAGAAGCAACACUCUUAUCAUCAAUGCAGUACAUCUUUAACUUGUAAACUUUACAUGUUGGGUUUUGUUGUUGAACAGCCAAUAAGUUUUGAGAUUUGUAAAUUUAGUCCUACAACUGCUGUGAUAAACUGGCUACUUAAAUUUUGCACUCUGUUGUGACAAGGAUUUUUACUGUUUUUAAUUUAUUUUCUUUUGUAUGUGUAAAUUGUGCACUUUUUUUUUAUGAAUAAUAAGAUAUGUUUGACAAGCAA